UCAAAUUCUGCAAAUUUAUAAACAUUUGACAAUUUUGACAUUUUAACUUGGCCCGAAAAAGAAAACAUUCAGAUUCUUUUUGAAAACUGAUAAAAUAAAAUGUGGUACAUGGAUAUUUAAUUUGACAAAUUAUUCUGUCAUAUGUUAAAAGAUAUUACACUAUUUUUAUGCCAGGAAAAUACUUCUCGGCAAGUUACGUUAUUACACAACAUAAUUUGUAUUUUCAUGAGUAUUUCUGCAAUAAAUAAGUACAAAAAUGCCUCCACACCACGAGGAAGAAGAAGAUAAACCUUGUAGAGCAUGUUCGGAUUUCAAAACUUGGGCAAAACUACAAAACAAAGGUUCAAAAACCGCGCCGACCAAACCGCCUCCUCCUCAAUCAAAGGAAUGCCCUCUAGAUAAAGAAGAAUUAGGUAAAUCUACAUGGGGUUUCCUCCACUCGAUGGCUUCAUAUUUUCCUGACAAGCCAACUAAAUUACAAUCGGAAAAUAUGUCACGAUUCUUUAAUAUUUUUGCCCAAUUCUAUCCAUGUGAACCAUGUUCUUUGGACUUUCUGGAUGACAUACAAAAGAACCCACCAAAGACAAAAUCAAGGGAUGAACUAGCAAAAUGGCUCUGUGAGAGACACAAUACUGUGAAUGUAAAACUUGGAAAACCAUUAUUUGACUGUAGCAAAAUUCACGAGAGGUGGAGAGAUGGGUGGAAAGAUGGCUCCUGUGAUUAAUAAUAAAUUAGGAUAAAACUAGUAUUUCUGACUUGGGAAACACAUGAGUCGUCUAUUAUCAAAGGCGGCAAUCUGUGCAUUUGGACAACAAAAUUUUAUUGAUAUGUCAAUACAGAUUUAUUUGAAUAUAAUCGUCUCCUUCAAAGAAUACGGUUCAAAACCUGCAUUAAAUAAAGGUUAAUAGUUAACCUGUUAUUUAUCUAAGAUGUCGUUCCGAAGAGUUUUGUGACUGCCGAUGGAAUACAAAGUCAAUAAUUCGUUUUUCUGAUUUACCAAUCAUUGUCCAAAAGUCAGAUUGCCGCCUUUGAUAAUAGUCGACUCAAAUAUUAAUUUUGCCCUCAAGUUGAAUAUAAGGAAACGUCAUUAGCAUUUCUGUAGUAAAAAAGUCUUGAAUUUUUUUAGAUUUGUUCAUUCAAAUAAUACUGUUUAUUACUGUGGAGAAAUACAUGUUCAUCUGGUAGUCAGUGAGAUUAUUUCAAUUCAAUGUUAAGAUGUUUUUGUGAUGUUUAUAGUGAAUUUUUACAUUUUAAUAAAUAUGAAAUAUUUAUUUGUAAAAUACAUUUUUGUUCUGGUU